AUGACACGGACACACCGGGCGGGAAGGAUGGCUCUGGCCAGCCGGGGAACGUUGUGCUUGAUCGGAACCUGCCUCUGGCUGCCGCUAUUGGCGGAGGUGGUGACUGAGGACAGUUACUUAAACGAGGUGCAGAACUCAGUGCCUCUGUCCUGCUCUGAGGGAUUCACAGAGUUGGGAUACUACAACGGCACAGUGUCCCAGACGGACUCUGGCGCCCCCUGUCUGAAGUGGACUGAGUUUCCGGACUACGUCAUGCAGUACCCGGGCCGAGGGCUGGGCGACCACAGCUACUGCAGGAACCCGGACCGAGAGUCCAACCCCUGGUGUUUCUUCAGACAGAACUCUGGAGCCAUUGGAUGGGCCUACUGCGACUGCCACCAGGGUGCUGCUCGUCUGGUUGGCAGCUCGUCCUCCGGCAGCGGGCGGGUUGAGGUCUACCUGAACGGCCAGUGGGGGGCGGUCUGUGACUCUCACUGGACGGACAGAGACGCAAGUGUGGUCUGCAGGCAGCUGGGCCUGGGGGACAUCGGCACAGCACUGCGGCACUCGCAGUUCGGCUCGGGCUCCGGCCUCUUUCACUACGAGCGUCUGGGUUGCCGGGGGGACGAGAACACCCUGGGCAAGUGCCGAAGCAGGAUGUUCGUCACCGGUGACUGUAGCCAUGGAAACGAGGCAGCAGUGGUGUGCGCACCGCCAGAAGGCAGCGGCCCGCCCCUGCGUUUGGUCGGCGGCGAGGAGGACUUCGAAGGUCGAGUGGAGGUGUUUCAUGCUGGAAGGUGGGGCUCUGUCUGCGAUGACCAGUGGGACGACAGAGAUGCCGAAGUGGUGUGCAGACAGCUCGGUUUUGGGGGUGUGGCGAAAGCCUGGUCUUGGGCUCACUUCGGUCAGGGUUCAGGCCCGAUCCUGCUGGAUGCUGUGAAGUGCACAGGAAAUGAGCUAUUCCUGGAUCAGUGUCCCCAUGGUGACUGGGAGCAACACAACUGUGACCACAUGGAGGAUGCUGGGGUCUCCUGCAGCCCUUAUACAGAUGGCGUGGUGCGUCUGGUGGGGGGAGACAGUCCCUGGGAGGGUCGAGUCGAAGUUUUCCACAACGGUGACUGGGGAACUGUGUGUGACGACCAUUGGACCCAGCAGCAUGCAGAGGUGGUCUGCAGACAGCUGGGCUACAGGGGCCACGCUGAGGUCGCGUCAGAUGCUACAUUCGGCGAGGGUGUCGGUCUGAUCCUUCUGGACGACGUCCACUGUGAGGGAUCUGAGACCUCCCUGCUGGACUGUCGUCACGGGAUUUGGGGGCGGACUGACUGCUCCCACAGCGAGGACGUCGGGGUUCGCUGCAGGGGCCGAUCCAGCCACGAGACCAAUGAGGUGCCGGUUGUCGCACCUUCCACAGGUCCCCUAGUGCGUCUUGUGGGUGGCAGCAGCAGGAAGGAGGGUCGAGUCGAGGUGUAUCUCCAUGGUGACUGGGGGAGUAUUUGUGACUCAGGCUGGAACGACCUGAAUGCGGCCGUGGUGUGCAGACAGCUUGGGCACAGUGGCGGAGCCGUAGCAGCCGGAGGGUUCGGUCAGGGGAAAGGGCCCAUACACCUGGACCAGGUGAGGUGCACGGGGAAGGAGGAGUUCCUGGGAGAGUGUCCCUCUCUGGGUCAGAGCUUCCAGGGCUGCAGGCGCAGGCAAGAUGCAGGGGCGAGGUGUGACGUCACGCCGCAGGAGUCAAAUGUUCAGGCCAAGCCUCAAGAACUGAGCUGUGGGCUGAGGAAGCUGGUGGAGGAGGAGAGCAAGGGGAGGAACCAAGGAGAGGAAAAGCUGCUCAGGACCACGUGGCCAUGGCCGGUGUCAGUGUGGCUUCAAUCCCAAGGAAAAGAUGGUGGUCCUCUCUGCAGCGGCACUCUGAUCAGCCCCUGCUGGGCCCUGACCUCUGCAUACUGUGUCAGCAGGUUUGGCAGCGAUCCGUCCAAGUACGCGGUGCGUGUCGGGGCGUCGGAGGAGACUCUCACCCCGGAGCAGGUGGUGGUUCACAGGAAGUUCAAGGGUCAGAGCGGAGGUCAUGAUCUGGCUUUGUUGCGGCUGCCCAGCUCCAAGAGUCACUGUCUGACCUUUGAACCUAACACUAACGCAGCAUGCCUUCCUGCUGCAGACACAGCAUCGGGGGGAAAUACUCCAUCCUCCUGUGUUGUCACGGUUACCGCGGGCUGGACAGGACCAGACUCAGUUCUUGCAUCCUGGGUCCCUCUGAUGUCAUCGUGGCAAUGUAAGAAGCGCUAUGGCGACAGCUUCUCCAGCCACGGCACACUGUGUGCCGGCAGUCCCCCAGACACCGGCCCCCUCCAUGGCGACAGUUGUCAGGGCAACUCUGGAGGCGGGCUGGUGUGUCAGGGGGAGACGGGUCGAUGGGUCCUCACCGGGGUUGUUGCCGGGGGUUACAGCUGCGCUGACCCCUCCUCUCCUGCGCUCUACACUCGAGUCAGCCGCUUCAGGAGCUGGAUCGACGAGGUCAUCGACACGCAAGCACGUCCGGAAGAACCGCGCGCGCACACGCAAGAAGAGGAUCUGACACACAAUGAUCUAACACACACACACGAUCAACACACGCAUAGCGAGGGCGAAGAUAAAUACUUCCACAUGCAAGGCAAACUAAAACACACACACGAUCAACAACAGACAAAUGAAAUAAGUGAGAUUAAAAUGAAACACACACAUACUCGUCACUCACACACUCAUCAGCACGUUAACACACACACUAAGAGCGCACAAACCCACCGUGUAGGGGAAUCAGACACAAACACACAAGUUCUGGUUUGAUUGAAGCCGUGCCAUUGGCUUACCAUCUGUGCCACGUGACCGCCUGAGGAGGAGGAGGAGGAGGGUUAAAGGAAGGCGAAACUUAACUUCAGCAAAAGAAAAGAAAAGUCAGUAAAGACAGCCUUCUGAGCCUUCUUGCUUAUCGUCAGAUGAGAACAGCAGUGUGGGAAGACCUUCCCAAACUGCCAGGAUGACAGAGUGCGUGGGCGAUCUUUCUGCUGCUUUACAUGGAGAGUGCAGAACUCCAGCUUGGCAGAUCGGCAAAUUACCAAACGACAAGUUAACAGCAACAGCGACGACAACAAAAAAAACGCAAAAAACCAUUAACACGGGAACAGAGAAACAACAUAGAGAGGACGUCUCAUCUUGCACGGGCAGAAAAAAGAUGGCUGCCAGGGGAGGGAUAGAGGGCAAAGGCGCGCCCUCCAAUCAGGCGGCAGAUGCAUG